UUUGUGACUGAUCGGGUGGUUGCUAUUGAAGUUCAGUAUUUGCGUCGUAUUUGUCGCUUUCCUGAACACUUUGGUUUUUAGGACACCACAAUCUUUGCGGCAGACGAGGACAUCCAGGAAGGCCAGCUGAUUGUUCUCCUCCUCCUCCAUCGUAAAUUGAAUGUCCGGGAAGACGGCGUUGAGUUGUUCUUUGAAAGUCAGCACCUGAUCCCGUUCGAUGACGACGAAGGUGUCAUCCACAUACCGAGCCCAGAAUUUCGGUCUGUGGUGUCGGAAAACCAGCGACUCCAGCCGUUGAAGGACCGCCUCGGCUAUGAGUCCCGAAAUCGGCGAACCCAUUGGCGUUCCCUUCACCUGCUCUUAGAUUGUUCCGUCGAAUGUAAAGUACGUCUUGAGACAGAACUUCAGGAGCUGGAUGAUUUGGGCGUGUCCGAGGCGAUUCUCCGUUUCGUCGUACUUCUCGCGUAG